AGCUGAUUUAACUGUGUGACACCAUUUUUUUCGCUUUUGAGAAGCCAUGGAGCAUUCGCUGUUCUUUCGCGUUGCCGGCGUUGCCCUGCUGUGGUCCUUGGGGGAGGCUUGCACCAUCAUUGCCGUUGGCAAAGAUGCGAGUGCCACAGGGUAUCCCAUGGUGUCGCACAGCGACGACAGUGGCCCCAGCACCACAGACGUCCGGCUGGUGAGAGUCCCACGACGCAAGUGGCCCAAGGGGUCAAAACGCAAGCUCUACGAAUGGCGGAUCCCAUACCCAAGGAUGGUGAGUCUUGACAUGGCUCCAGAGUAUCACCCACAGCCGGGACAGGUGGAGUUUGAGGCGAUUGGUGAGAUCCCUCAGGUGGAGGAAACCUGGGCCUACUGGGACACCGAGUACGGCAUGCAAAACGAAUGGGGCUUGUCUAUUGGAGAAUCCACCGCCACUGCCAUGACGGCUGGCUGGGCGGCCACGAAAGACAAACCCUGGGGCAAAAAUCGGGUGGGCAUUGAAGAUCUCACCAAGCUGGCGUUGGAACGCUGCAAAACCGCCAGAUGUGCCGUGCAGACUAUGGGAGAUAUUGCUGUGCAGGAAGGCUUCUAUAGUGCUGAUACAGGAAAUCCAAGUGCGCCUGCAUUGAGUGGAAGCUCAGAAGCACUGGUCGUAGUGGAUCCUGAGCCUGGUGACAUGUGGGUCUUCAAUGUCUUGACUGGAAAGGGCAAUGCCAGUGCCAUCUGGGCUGCUCAGAGGUUGCCCAGCGACCAUGUGGCAGCAGUGGGGAAUUCCUUCACCAUUCGAAGCUUGGAUCUGAAGGAUCCAGAAAACAACUUGUUCAGUCCAGGUGUCACUGAAUUGGCACAGGAAAUGGGCUGGUGGCAUCCAUCUAACGCCAAGUUCCCCGGCGACUUCGAUUUUUUUGGCGCCUACGGUUACCAGCCCAGCCGCGAAAACACCCCUGCGGAACAGAUCGAGAGUAUGAGCCACCUCUUGGCCUACUACAGCGGCCGGCGCAUGUGGCGCAUCUUCAGCCUCUUGAGCCCAGCUGAGGGAGCCAAACUGAACCCGGACCUGGGAAAUCUGCCCAGGACCGAAGAUCCAUACCCACCUUCGGUGAAAGCACCGAAGCACUCCGUGACCCGUGAAAUGGUGAUGCAAACCUUGAGAGAUCACUAUGAGGGCACAGCAUAUGAUUUGACCAAAGGUAUGGCUGCUGGGCCCUACGGCAACCCAAAUCGGGGUCCCAUCAAAGGCGUUACAGGGCAGUGGGAGAGGGCCAUCUCCAUGUUCCGCACGGCCUAUUCCUAUGUGCUUGAAGCCCGACCGGCUUCCCGCAGUAUCACCUGGUUCGGCUACGACGCGGCGCACGGCACGGUCUGGAUGCCUUUCUAUGGUGCAUCCGUGGGACCUGCGCCAAAGACACAUGCAGGGCACGGCUUGAAUAUGUCCACCUUCAACCAAAAUGCUGGCUGGUGGGCUUUUAACCUCAUCAAUCAAUAUUCGGAUCUGAACUUCCAACAAAUCAACCAGGAGGUUCGGGGCAAGGCAGAGAUGAUCCAUCAAGAGGCCGUGAAAGCGGUGAAGGAGUGGGAAACCAUGGAUUUAGCUGAAGUGGAGAAGCAUUCAAAUGCCUUUGCAGUGAAGAAGGUGGACGAGUGGUGGGCAUUUGCAUGGCAACUGAUCGCCAAAUAUGGUCGUUUAGUGACCACCUUCAAUGAAUCCAACACCGGUGUGGAUUACUAUGGCCAGAUGUAUCCCGGGUGGUGGCUGGAAAGCCCCGAUGUGGGUUUCACCCUUUGGUCACCUCCGGGACCGUUUCAUGGCAUCCCUGACGGCUCCAAAUGCCCCAAGUUGCUCUCCCUGGCAGCUUCUGACUGGUCCGACUGGUCCCAAUGGUCCCAGUGGUCCCAAUGGGCAGCGUGGCUGCCCACAUUUUUCGCCCUGGGGGGAGCCUACGUCCUGGGCAAACGCCACGGACGUGCUCUUCCAGAGCCACAGGACCAUGGUUAUGUCAUGGCACCUUGAGGUCCAGGGCGAUCCUUUUGCUAUCUCCAAGAUGAGAAACCUAAGACUUGAGAAACAGCUGCAACCUACGAAUUGCUGGAUGACUCUUGAUGAAAA